UCGAGACAGUCGAGACGAGUACUUCUCUUUCAGAGAGAGAAUGAGUAAGAUUGCGGAAGUAGGACAGCUUAACUUCGGAGAAUGGCCCCCGAGGGGGGGGUCUCGCACUAUUGACUGCUUUGAGAAAUUGGAGCAGAUUGGUGAAGGAACUUACGGUCAGGUUUACAUGGCCAGAGAAAUCGAAUCUGGGGAAAUUGUUGCUCUUAAAAGGAUACGCAUGGAAAAUGAAACAGAGGGGCUUCCAGUGACCGCCAUCCGAGAAAUUAAGAUUCUUAAUGAGCUUGAUCAUGAAAAUGUUAUAAAGCUGAAAGAAAUUGUUACUUCUCCAGGUCGUAGGAGGGAUGAACAAGGGAGACCUGAUGAUAGUAAGUACAAAGGUGGAAUCUACAUGGUGUUUGAGUACAUGGACCAUGACUUGAUGGGGCUUUAUAAACGUCCUGGAGUGAGAUUUACAGUGCCCCAGAUCAAGUGUUACAUGAAACAGCUGCUGACUGGGCUUCAUUAUUGUCAUAUCCAUCAAAUACUUCACCGGGACAUCAAAGGUUCUAAUCUUUUGAUAAAUAAUGAGGGAAAUUUGAAGAUAGCAGAUUUUGGACUUGCAAGAUAUCUUCCUCCUAACGAUAGAGGAAAUCUUACUAAUCGUGUUAUUACUUUGUGGUAUAGGCCCCCAGAGUUGCUACUUGGAGCCACAAAAUAUGGUCCAGCUGUUGAUAUGUGGUCUGUGGGUUGUAUCUUUGCUGAGCUUUUGAAUUGGAAACCGAUCUUGCCUGGCAAAGAUGAGCCUGACCAAUUGAACAAGAUAUUUGAACUUUGCGGGUCACCAGAUGAAAAUAACUGGCCAGGGGCUUCCUUGACUCCUUGGUAUGAUAAUCUCAAGCCAACAAGACCCAUGAAGAGACGUGUUAGGGAGGUUUUCCAACAUUUUGACAGUCUUGCCCUUGAUUUACUGGAGAGAUUGCUGACGCUUGACCCAUCCCAGAGGAUAUGUGCCAGAGAUGCCCUUGAUGCCGACUACUUCUGGGCUGACCCAUUUCCAUGUGAUCCCAAGAGGUGA